CAAAAUGGCGGCGGGCGCGGGUAGUGGAAGCGGCGCCGGCGCGGCAGAGGCCGCUUCUGUAGCUUCACUCUGGAGCGAAGUGAACCGCAGCGGCCAGAACGGCGACUUCGGGCGCGCUCUCAAGUCGGUCAAUAAGAUACUGCAAGUCAACAAGGACGAUGUGACUGCUCUACACUGCAAAGUGGUUUGUCUUAUCCAAAGUGGAAGUUUCAAGGAAGCCCUCAGUGUGAUUCACACCCACACCAAAGUUCUGACCAGUGAUUUGAUAGCCUUUGAGAAGGCUUAUUGUGAAUACAGGUUGAACAGGAUUGAAAAUGCCCUGAAGACCAUUCAAGGGGCCAGCCAGCAGACAGACAAGCUUAAGGAGCUUUAUGGACAAGUGCUGUACAGAUUGGAACGUUACGACGAGUGCUUAGCCGUGUAUCGGGAUCUCAUUCGCAACUCCCAAGACGACUAUGAAGAGGAACGAAAAACGAACCUUUCGGCAGUGGUUGCUGCGCAGAGCGCCUGGGAGAAAGUGGUCCCAGAAGAUCUGGGCCUCCAAGAAGCUACCUACGAGCUGUGCUAUAAUGCUGCGUGUGCAUUGAUUGGCCAAGGCAGGCUGAAUGACGCUGUGAAAAGCCUUCAGAAAGCAGAAGAGCUGUGUCGUCAGUCUCUUGCAGAAGACUCGGAUGUGACUGAAGAAGAUAUCGAGUCUGAGCUGGCGAUCAUUCGUGGCCAGAUGGCUUAUAUUUUGCAGCUGCAGGGUCACACGGAGGAAGCUCUGCAACUCUACAAUCAGAUAAUCAAACUGAAGCCAACAGAUGUGGGAUUGCUUGCAGUCAUUGCCAAUAACAUCAUUACCAUCAAUAAGGACCAAAAUGUUUUUGACUCAAAGAAAAAGGUGAAGCUGACCAAUGCAGAAGGCGUGGAGCAUAAACUCUCCAAAAAGCAGCUCCAAGCAAUAGAAUUCAACAAAGCUUUGCUGGCCAUGUACACCAACCAGGCCGAUCAGUGUCGCAAAUUAUCAUCAAGUUUAGAGUCGCAGAGCCCCGAACACCUCCUUCCUGUGUUAAUCCAGGCGGCUCAGUUGUGUCGUGAGAAGCAGCAUACCAAGGCAAUAGACCUUCUGCAGGAGUUUGCAGAUCAGCACCCCGAGAAAGCAGCAGAGAUUAAGCUGACCAUGGCGCAGCUGAAAGUGGCUCAAGGCAACAUUACCAAAGCAUGCGUCAUCCUGAGGAGCAUAGAAGAACUAAGGCAGAAGCCAGGCAUGGUUUCGGCCUUGGUCAUGAUGUACAGCCACGAAGAAGACAUCGAUAGCGCCAUCGAGGUCUUGACACAAACCAUUGAGUGGUAUGAAAAAUCCCAGCCAAAGUCUUCAGUUCAUUUGUUGCUCAUCAGGGAAGCGGCUAACUUUAAGCUGAAGCAUGGCCGGAAGAAGGAAGCCAUCCGCGAUCUAGAGGAACUGUGGAAGCAGAGCCCAGAGGACAUCCAUACCCUGGCCCAGCUCAUCUCGGCAUACUCCUUGGUCGAUCCCGAGAAAGCUAAAGUCCAAGGAGACGUUGUUAAGAAGAAGAAGAAGAAAAAGAAAGGAAAACUGCCAAAGAACUACGAUCCUAAAGUGGCUCCCGACCCGGAGCGCUGGCUUCCGAUGCGGGAGCGCUCCUACUAUCGGGGGAGGAAGAAGGGAAAGAAGAAGGAUCAGAUUGGGAAAGGGACCCAAGGGGCGACGUCUGCAGCGUCCUCUGAACUGGAUGCCAGCAAGACCGCCAGCAGCCCCCCUACAUCCCCGAGGCCCGGCACCGUCACAGCAGUCCCCUCCGCGUCGACAAGCAACAUGAUACCCCCGAGACACCAAAAGCCUGUCGGCGCAGCAGGAACCAAGAAGAAACAGCAGCAGAAGAAAAAGAAAGGCGGGAAAGGAGGCUGGUGAUCAUGGGAAGUGGGUUGUUGCGUUUUAAUUUCCCCUCCCAUUGUGAAAACCAAGAGCAGAAUAAAGGACAACAAAAAGCCGGGUUGGCCUGUAUGCAUGUCUCUCACCCCCGCUUCCUUUUUGCACUCAGCUCUUUGCAGUUCCUUCAUGUCACUUGUCGGAGGGACUGUACACAGCCGAACGAUCCAGGUCUUGACCGCUGGUGGAAGGUAUUUCAGUAUCAAAGUAAGAACUUUGCCUCUUGUAACUCGUCCACCAGUCAUUGGAAUUGGUCCGGAGGAGCCGUUCUGCUAGCGGAGGCAGUUUCCUCCAGCCGCAGUGCCUUCCCCUGGCACAAGAGGGCCUGAGCUUUGGAG